AGGUGGUACAGGGGCAUGUCCGCGGACAACUUGAAGGGGCUGGCGCUGGCGCUCUCCUCCAGCCUCUUCAUCGGCGCCAGCUUCAUCAUCAAGAAGAAGGGCCUCAAGAAGGCCGCCGCCUCCUCAUCCGGCGUCAGGGCCGGGGUUGGUGGUUAUUCUUAUUUAUACGAGCCUCUUUGGUGGGUUGGCAUGAUAACAAUGGUUGUUGGGGAAAUCGCGAAUUUUGUAGCUUAUGCUUUCGCGCCAGCUAUUUUGGUUACUCCUCUUGGUGCUCUUAGCAUAAUCAUCAGCGCUGUACUUGCACAUCUAAUGCUGCGGGAGAAGCUGCACAUAUUUGGCAUUCUCGGAUGUGUCCUAUGUGUUGUGGGGUCCAUCACCAUUGUUCUUCAUGCCCCGCCAGAGCGUCAAAUCGACUCGGUUACAGAAGUUUGGGGUCUGGCUACUGAACCAGCCUUCAUGUGUUACGUAGCCGUAGUACUUGCUUUAGUUUCUGUACUUGUGUGCAAGUUUGUUCCACUUUAUGGACAAACCCAUGUCAUGGUGUAUAUUGGUGUUUGCUCUCUCGUAGGUUCUAUCUCGGUUAUGAGUGUAAAAGCUCUUGGGAUAGCUUUGAAGCUGACAUUUUUGGGGACGAACCAACUCAUAUAUCCACAGACAUGGGCUUUUACUAUGGUUGUAAUCGCAUGCAUCAUUACCCAAAUGAAUUACUUGAAUAAGGCCCUUGACACGUUCAAUACAUCAGUUGUUUCCCCCAUAUAUUAUACAAUGUUCACAUCUUUAACCAUCUUGGCUAGUGUCAUUAUGUUCAAGGACUGGGACAGGCAAAACCCGACGCAAAUCGUGACAGAGAUGUGCGGCUUUGUCACAAUCCUCUCGGGGACAUUUCUGCUUCACAAAACAAAGGACAUGGCUGAUGGGCUUUCGAAUUCACCUUCAUUCCGUCUUCCAACGUCUACAUCAACGCGGCCCUCCAAGCAAACCGAUGAAUACAGCGAAGGAAUUCCUCUUAGAUCGUCGGAGUCAUUCCGGUCAUCACACUAAUAACCUUUUAUUGAUCUUCACCGUGUUAGGGCGCAGGAGCAACCUUGCACUCCAAACUGUUUCAUAUGCGUUGUAGUCUAGCCGCUUCCUAUGCUCAAGUCCGAAGCCGCUUCCUAUGCUCAAGUCCGAAGGCACCUUAUAGAUGGUUAACAUAGCACUAUAAAGGAAAAAAUGUUGUUGGUUCUGUACUUUUGUAUGAUGGAUGAUCAAAGCAGAUUGCUGAAAAAUGAACAUAUUGUACUCUGUU